AUGCUGACUUUGCCUUUAGAUCUUGUGUUACAUAUCGUUGAAGUUGGUGAUUUGGAUAUCAAGGAUAAGGCGAACCUCGGGAUUACUACAUGGCAUGCCGUACCAUACGUCAAUUACCUACCUGCUCUUUUGAAAUUUGUUGAGGUUGAAGAAUGUUGUCUUCUAUCAAAAUUCAAAGAAUCUCAAACACGUGUCGACUUUUCCAAAGCUUCUGUUUUGGAACAUUUGCUAUCCAACCAGUUGUACAAUAUUGGCCUCGAAAAUAUAAGACGCAUUAAUUCUCAUAAAACAACACCAGCGUCUACAGAAAGUGUUCUUUUCAAUUUGAGCUUACUUGAAAGCAAGAGCUACCGUCAUUUCCGCAAUCGCAGGAUAUUCUUGAAAAAGAAGCUGGAGUUACUUGAAAGGCGUUUGAAGUCAUACGUUGUUGAGAAGUACAGUACUUUGCAAGACGAAACUGCUAAGCGUCAACUCUACGAUAAUUACGUCAAACGAGGAUUACAACUCGUUCUAAGGAAAAUGGAAAAGAGGGUUAGUCCUGACCAGUCAGCAAUAGUCGAACAUUUUGACGUGUUAAAGUUAUACAGCGGCAAAUGCAAGGCUCAUCCUUAUCUUUUAUUCGCGGUAGCCACCAAAGUUGUGUGCGAAGGAUGGAUCAAGUUUGGGCUUAAACUACCCGACUUGAUUGAACCUCCUGUUUGCAGUCCUUGGAGUGUAAUAUACCAGGAUACUUUCUUUGACUACGAGAAUCUGAGGUUGAUGACACACAAAUAUGACGUUGCAUUUAAUGGACCAAAUGAACUGAUGUCAUAUUUGGUCCAGUUAUUUAACAUCUUUGACAAAGUGAAUGGAUUGAGGAGCACGGAUUUUGCCACCAUUAAAUCAGUACGAGGUUUCGAGGAUUAUUGUACGGAUGUGAACUUUGUAUCGAAGAUUAAGCUUUCGAGUGGAAACAUUAACAACAAGAUCGAUUUCAACCGAUUUUUGAAAUCCCUAGAAAAGGAGGACGAACUUCUACAUCAAGUAGUCCUUGAGCAUGCACUAGGAGUGGGAGCUUUCCGGUCGAAAGACGAGCUCACCGGGAUACAGCUGUGUUUGAGAGGCCAUGUCAUAAAGACCAGACAUAAUAAAGCGGCGGUAGUUUUAAGUUCCAAUGAGGAAUUUUGCAAAGUUCUCACCAUAACCGGAACAAUUGAAACCAUAAGAAGUGACUUUGUUCGCAAGUGGCUGUUUGACAGUGUGUCAGACGUCAGCGUGUUUAUCCGCAUGGUAGGAUUGAAUACGCUAUUCUGCCUAGGGUUUUGCCGCACAGACGUGAAUUUAGCUGAAGGACAUCUUGUUUUUGCAUCAUAUCGAAGUGAAGGAGGUUCUGCUUUUGUAUAG